AUGAACUUAAUUUUGCACGCUACAUACAAGUUAGUAUGGCAAGGCUUUCCUGUCCUUAUUGUUGGUACAAGUGAUCUAGAUCAACAAUUUCAUUCAUUUGGAAUUGCAGUUUGUUCUGAUGAGAAGACAAAAGACUUCACAUUUGUUUUUCGUGCUGUUCAAGAUGGUGUAAAGAAGCUUUAUUUGCAAGAAAUUAAUCCAGGUAUUUUAAUGGCUGACGGUUCAGGUGCAAUUCGUAACGGUUUUAAAGAAGUUUUUGGUGAAAAACCUAUAGUAAUGUGCUGGGCUCAUAUGCGUCGAAAGGUGGUGAAGAAGAUCGAGUCUAUGGUAACCAAGAUCGACCAAGAAGAUUUGAUACAAGAUAUUGAUGUAUUACAACUAGCACAAAGUGAUCGAAUAUUUGCCAAAGCUUCUAACCUUUUUAUAAAGAAAUGGAAUAAAAAACAACCAACUUUUAUUGAAUAUUUUGAAAACGAAUGGUUAACAUUACACCGUGGUUGGUAUGAAGGCAUUCAACAUUUAACACCAAGUACAAAUAAUGGUUUGGAAUCUAGUAAUAGAGUUAUAAAAGACGAAAAUACAUUUAGAGAACGUCUUCCAUUAUCUAGAUUUAAAAUUUUAACAUUUGAAAUUGUUGAAAAAUGGUCCAAAUCCUAUGAACGAAAUUUAAAACUAUUUCAUGAUAAACAAACGGUAACAUUAGACAUAUGGACCAACAGUUAUCAAUGGGUAAAAUUAAACAAAUCAAUUGUAUCAAAAAAAUUAGAUGAUGCAAUCGAAUUUCAUGUUCCUGCUGGAAAUGAAUUAAGUAUUUCAAAAAAUAGUAUUGAGAUAAUAAAAAAAAUGAAAUGGUAUUCAUUUGAUCAAUACAAAAUUAAAGCAUUUAGUAUUUGGAAUGUUACAUUACCAAUGGAUGAAACAAAAUGGAUGGAUGGUCAAUGUAAUUGCCCAGGAUUCUUCAAAAAGUUUAUAUGUAAACAUGUCGUUGGGUUGGCCAUUAGACUGAAUUAUUGUAAACCACCACCUGCUGCUAAAAACAUACGUAUUGGAGAAAAAAGACGUCGAGGUCGACCCUCGAAAGCUACAAAAGCAUUGCUUAUUCAAUAG